UUCUCUGAGUUUUCCUAUUUGUUUCUACUAGUAUCUACAUUCUGUGACCUCUUUGCCGAACAAGGGAUGAUGCGGAUGCGACAGCCCAACAAUGAAGGCAAAAGGCAUCCAGACCGACCUGCGCGUUCGUGAUGAUGUAUGCGGGCCAGGGCCAGGGCCUACAUGGUACUUGCUUUACUCGCACAGCGUACCUUGCCCACCGCCGAAGAACCAUGGAGGGGGGAAAGAGGAAUGGAACUACUGAGGUAACAUGCACAGGAAAGGCUAAUAGUGGCUCGAGAAACUUCCCGGUGGCGAUUGGAUCUGGACGCGACAACGCAGCAGCGAUCUGUCGAGGUGCGGAUCCUGAGAUCCUAGCAUCGAACAAGCCGUGAUGAUGCCGAUGAUGCUUGGACGUUGGGGGGGGGUUCCUGCACGUGAUGUCAUGGU